AUGAGUGAAAAGACAUCAAGGACUGCUGCAGGAGCUCAGCCACCGCCUUUGGGCAUUUUCAGUUCUGUUCCUGAUCCAAUAGAUGUCCAAUUUAAUCUUCGAGAAUGCCCAUUUAUUACAUUUAAAAAGAGAGUUGAUAGAACAACAGCAUCAAUAUAUGAUUUGAUGUAUAUUGUCUCUAAGCAUCAUGGCGGUACUGUUUGCCCUGAAGAUGUCCACAUUUUAAUUAAAGUAACGGAUGAUGAAUUCAGACCUGUAACAGAUUUUACUCAAAGAUUAUCAGAAUUCGAUAAACCUACAAACGAACACCCAGAAGAAGAGCAAAAUGCUCCCGAUUUAAUAUUUUAUUAUGAUUUUACUCCAGUUUCGGGCAGUUUAUUAACUAUUCCCAAGUUAGAUAACCAGAAAUAA